AGUGGUUAUAUGUUUCUAGCAGAGAAGGGGAAGUAGUGCAUUUUUUGAGAGAAAAACGACUAAGGAAAUACUUAAGUUCAUUCAGAGCAAAGCCAGCGUUUGUGUUGACUGCUCAGAGUCCACGAACUCAGGCUUCUGUUGCAGGCUUUGUCAAGGUUUCCUGGAAUUCUAUAUUGUGGAAGAAACACCCAUGGCUUAUCACAGUUUCUUGCUUGAACCUAUCAGCUGCCAUGCCUGGAACAAGGACCGAACUCAAAUUGCAUUGUGUCCAAAUAACCAUGAAGUCCAUAUCUAUAAAAAAGAUGGAAACAACUGGAACAAAAUCCACGUGCUAAAGGAGCACAAUGGGCAGGUAACAGGCAUCGACUGGGCCCCAGAGAGCAAUCGCAUCGUCACCUGCGGCACAGACCGUAAUGCCUACGUCUGGACUUUAAAGGGAGACGUAUGGAAACCAACCCUGGUCAUUCUCAGGAUCAACCGCGCCGCCCGCUGUGUGAAGUGGUCUCCCAAAGAAAACAAGUUUGCUGUGGGCAGCGGCUCACGUUUGAUCUCUGUGUGCUAUUUUGAGCAGGAAAAUGACUGGUGGGUGUGCAAGCACAUCAAGAAGCCCAUCCGCUCCACCAUUCUUUGCUUGGACUGGCACCCCAAUAACGUCCUGCUGGCAGCGGGAUCAUGUGAUUUUAAAUGCAGGAUCUUUUCUGCUUAUAUAAAGGAGGUAGAGGAGAAGCCUGCUCCAACUGCAUGGGGCUCUAAAAUGCCAUUUGGAGAGGUUAUGUUUGAAUCGACUGGAAGUUCUGGCUGGGUACAUGGCGUCUGUUUCUCAGACAGCGGGAAUCGUGUUGCCUGGGCCAGCCAUGACAGCACUGUAUCUGUGGCCCAAGGCGGAAAGACUGCUGUCUGUGCCAGUGUCACUUCGGAAACCUUGCCUCUUUUGUGUGUUACUUUCAUUACUGAGAACAGCCUAGUGGCAGCUGGCCACGACUGCUACCCUGUGCUGUUUGUCUAUGAUUCAAAUAAAGCAGCCCUGUCUUUUGGAGGGAAAUUGGACGUGCCCAAGCAGAGUGCUCAGAAGGGUAUGACAGCCAGAGAGCGCUUUCAAAACCUAGACAAGAAAGCCUCCGCUGACAGCAAGGAAGCAGUGCUGGAAUCUGUGCACAAGAACAGCAUCAGCCAAAUCUCAAUUCUUGGUGGGGGAAAAGCCAAGUGUACCAAAUUCUGCACCACUGGUAUGGAUGGAGGCAUGGCUAUUUGGGAUGUAAAGACCCUCGAAUCUGCAAUGAAGGACCUCAAGAUUGUUUAGUGCAAGAACCCAAAGUGUAUCCAGAACCAAAUCUGUGCAGAUUGCUUGCUUUUUUAAUAAUCUUUUUUUUUUUUUUAUUAUUCAAUUGUCUAUACAUUUCUAUAAGAAUGUAUGUUUUAAGUGAUAUAAGGAUGCUGAUAAGAGUUUGGAAGCAGGUUCUGGAUGAACCAAGAGCUGUUUUAUGCAUUUUCUGAAUUUAUACAGUAUGCUGGUCAUAGAAUGCUUUUAUUCUUUAAUAACUGUAGGUACCUUGCCUUGAAUUUUAAUACUGCAAAUUGAAAUGAAUAAAUAUGAUUACCAAAUGA